UGAGAAAACCGCUACGCAAUCCUGAACAUAAACAACGGUGAAAAGUGCAACGUUGUCGUCAGCUGUACGGUAGAUGGCAUCAGGUGCGGUAUAAAGUAACGGCUAUUUGACGGAAGAAUGAGAUGAACGUUUCGUCCGUUCUGCCGCACAUCGCUGCGACAUACUGGUGUAAAAAUGGAAAAGCCACCAAGGUUAUUGUCACAUCAUCUUUUACUGAAAAACAGGGUCUAUGAAGUAACCUUAAACUGCGCACAAUUGACAUGGAUGAAGAAACAACGCGUCUCCAGAACAUUACAAAAAUCCUGCAAAGUCGGAAGCGUCUGUGUGCCCGUAUGUGAAAUCCUCGCAGUCCGAGAAGCAGACGUGGAAGGUCGGGGCAAAACCGGCGGGAGGUGGCAGAGACUCUCCCGGCGGCCUGCGGAGGGGUAUCCGUACGCAUUCACAGUGUCGUAUGUGGAGCGGGUGAAGCAGCACCGCUGGCGGUGUAGAGAUGUCACCUUCCAGUGCGCGGACAGAGCAGUGCGUCAGCAGUGGAUCCACAGCAUCCGCGACCAGCUCUCCAAACUCACGGGGAGGCCGAGGCACUUGCUGGUGUACAUCAAUCCCCACGGAGGACGCGGGCGGGGGAAGCAGAUUUACGAGGAGAAGGUGGCCCCCCUCUUCUCCCGCGCCUCGAUAUCCGCCUCCGUGAUUGUUACCGAGCGCGCAAACCACGCCAGGGACCACUUGAAGACGGACGCGGACUUAAAGAAGUAUGACGGCGUGGUGUGCGUGGGGGGCGACGGCAUGUUCAGCGAGGUUCUGCACGGGCUGGUCUCCCGGACUCAGAGGGACGCCGGCGUGGACCAGAACCGCAGGGAGCAGAGGUUGGUGCCGUGUCCCGUCCGGAUUGGCAUCAUUCCCGCCGGGUCGACGGACUGCGUUUGCUACGGGACCGUGGGCGUGAACGACCCCGUGACCUCCGCCCUGCACAUCAUCGUGGGCGACACCCAGCCCCUGGACGUUUGCUCCAUCCGCCACGCCGACGCCCUCCUGAGGUACUCCGUCUCGCUGCUGGGAUACGGUUUCUACGGCGACGUGCUGACGGACAGCGAGAGGAGGCGCUGGAUGGGGCCCGUCAGAUACGACGUUUCGGGUGAGCUUGUCGGAAAAGACACUCUCAGAGAUAGAAAAGGUCUGAAGACGUUUCUGGCACACAAUUACUACGAGGGAACAGUGUCGUUCCUGCCAGCUACAGACGUGGCGGGGAGCCCCAGGGACAAGACCACAUGCAGAGCUGGGUGUUCCAGGUGCCUCAAGGACAGCCAGGCCUACGGGACAGGAAACUGUGUCCGCGGCAGGGAUCAGGGUGGUGAUUGGCGGGUGAUCCGGGGGAAGUUCCUGGCGGUGAACGCGGCCAGUAUGAGCUGCGCGUGUCCCCGGAGCCCUGGGGGACUGUCCCCCUCCGCUCACCUGGCCGACGGCACCACCGACCUCAUCCUGGUCCGCAAGUGCUCCAGAGCCAGCUUCCUACGGCACCUCCUGCGCCACACCAGCCCCCAGGACCAGUUUGACCUGUCCUUCGUGGAGGUGCACCGUGUGCGGAGGUUCUGCUUCACGCCUAGGCGCAGCGAGCGCCAGGGGGAUCCGGUCUGCAGCAGCUGGAACUGCGACGGAGAGAUCCUCCCCCACGCCAGCGUGGACGUGGGAGUGCACUGUCAGCUGAUUCGGCUGUUCGCCCGCGGGAUCGAGGACAUCGCCACGCCCUGAACGCCCCGAACAGAGUCGCCCAGAGAGCCCUGUCGCGUCGUACAGGGUUCAAAGGUCACAUCGGAGGCGUUCCGCUGCAGUCUUGGGACACAGACGCGCCCGCAGUUCAGUCGACCCCAGCUCUGGUUUACGUACAUCUGUGCUGCUGGUCUCAGGUCACUAUGUGUGCAGGACGGUGUAUCUGGCAUGCAAUGCAUCUCCGUUCAGACAUUUUCAAAGCAUCCAAAGGAACAUCUACUGCUGAUUUGCACACUGUUACCGACUGACCUAGAUUGUGAUGGAGUGCGAUUGUAGCGGGUGUUGCUUUGCCAUUGAAUCGCAGUG